UAAAAAAAUUUCUGCGAUUCUUUCUGUAAUUUUCAGCUGAUUUCUUUCAUUCCUGGCUUUUUAGAUCUGUAUUGGCAGAACGUCAGUCCAGUUCUAUAAUCUCCCUCUCUUUCUUCUUCUGAUAUUCUUUUAGCUGCAUUUUGUAUUUUGUUGCGUUUGGAUGCCUUAUUCUCUGUAGAUGUUAUCUAUUUCUGUCUGUUUAUUCCACCAUCCCGAUUGAAAUACAAUAACUUGAAAUUACAAUCCAUCUAGGGAUCGUUUGGAUGCCUGUAGGUUUUUAAGUGACUUUCAGGUGAAAGUCAUUACAUGCUGCCUGUUUAGACGUAAGUUGUAAGUCUUUUACAGGUGGUAGACUCCCAAGAAUUUCAACACGAGGUCUGGGGUUCGAGUACCCAUAGGUAUGUGUGCGCACUGCGCGUGGUAAAAAAGAAAAGAAAAGGAAAAUUUUGAAUCACAACAAUGUUUAGCAACAAGGUUUUACCACCCUCAGCAAACUGGCCAUGUCCUGGACAGUUUUCAAAGCUUCCUCCUAGAUGUCCAUUACCAAGCAAGUCCCAACCUUCGACUGAUUGUGAUUUCUUGCACCCGAUGGGAAAAAAGUACAUGCCAAUUCCUAAACAGAAUCACAGGCAUCACCAAAGAACAUCUUCAGAGAAUUUCAUCAUUGAGGAGCAGCCUUCCUGGCUUGACGACCUUCUUAACGAACCUGAAACACCUGCUACAAGAGGUGCACAUCGGCGUUCCUCCAGUGAUUCUGUUGCUUAUCUCAAUAUUUCUGGUCCUUUCUGUGAUAUACAGAACAUUUCACACCUUGAGUUCAGCAGGGGCGAUAGUUCAUCAUUGCCUUUGCCAGUCUGUCUCCACAUCGAUAUGCAGAGAAAAGCAGCCCAUCCCCCCUUGGGAAUUAAUUCUGCUAUGAAACUCCCCGACAUGGAUUGGAAACCUUCUGUAAAUUCUUGUAGCUAUCAGAAUUCUGCUUUUGAUGUAAGGCAUAACAUCAUGCUAGCAAAAUAUGGACCAUCAUGCAUUCAACAAGACAAUGAGUGCUUGAUAGCAGCAACGCAUGAAGUAGAGAAAUUUGAUGAAGAUGACCAUAGAGAGUCAUUCGAUAGGAGGGAAAGCUUGUUCGUUGAGUCGGAUGCAUCUGAUGCAGACCAAUGUGGGCAGAAAUUGUGCUUUGAGAGGAAAGAGGAAUGUUCACAUGGAAUGCCUAUCGCGUCUGAUACAGAUCUCAGACGAAAACAGCAUUUCACACAGCGUUCGCGGGUUCGGAAACUUCAGUACAUUGCUGAGCUGGAACAGAACGUCAGCCUUCUUCAUGCUGAGGGAUUGGAUGUGGCAUCUGAGCUUGCAUUCCUUAGGAAAAAGCAUCUUAUACUGAGCUUAGAGAAUAAGGGUCUCAUGCAACGCAUAAAUAGCAUUGCUCAAGAGAAAAAAAUAAAAGAUGCUCAAUAUGAACUGUUAUGUAAAGAAGUGGAGCAGUUGCAGGAAAUAUAUUACAACCAACAGUGUGAAAGUUCACAAUCUCAACGGUGUGUAAAUGAAAUCACAGAUGCUUCUGAUCAUCUGGACUUAAAUUCAGAUAUUUGUCAAUCAACUCAAACCGAGAAAUGGACCUUAUAAAGGAGCAUGUAGGUAUAAACAAUGCUGCACCAUACCAUUGCAGGAUGCUUCAAAAUUCAUAACUCAGCCAGGUGCAAAGGGUGAAAUUUAGGUAAUGAUUUAUUUUUGGGAGCCACUGCUUCCACCAUUUUGAUAGAUUCAUCUUCUUUCUACUUUGGAUGAUAGGUUAGUGCGAAGGUGGACUACUGUAUUGCCAAAAGUAGAAGAAAGGGUGUGUCUAUCAAUCAGAGGGUUGUCUAAAUGUCAAUUCCAAGUUUCUAUUUUCUUUCAUUUCUUUCAUUUGCAAAUACAGAAACAGGCAGCCCCACCGUUAUAAUCUGAGGUUGGAGGCGGAAAUCAAAAUGAACUUUGGUUAAUCUUUUGACUAUAUUUUGUUCCUGAUUAUUGUUUUUAUUUUAUCAGUACUGAAACGGCUAACAUGGAAGUCUGUGACUAAUGGAUUUUAAGCAGGUUAUGUUGGAUAAAACUCAAGUCAGCCAGAUUUCUUUC